GCUUGGGACUGGGGAUGCGGGGAGGUGUUGACAUCAAAGAGGCUGCUCCGGGAGCCCCAGGUAUAUAGUGUCUGUAGGCAGCAGCGAAGAAGAAAGUCGCAGAGCCAGACAGCUCCGGGUGUUGAAAGGAGCCAGAGGGGACUGUAAGCAGCUUAGCUCAGAGAGAGGCAGCGAUGCCACCCAGGCGCACGUGCGGUGGUUGGGAGCUGGCGUUUUGGGCUCUCACCCUCCUGCAGCUGGGCACGUCGGAGCCCCGCGGGGUCCUGCCGCACAAGGAUGAGCAGCAGUUGCCUCCUGCAGGAUCUGGCCCAGGGCUAACGAGUCCGUCUGCGGUCCGUGGCAUCAGGCCCUCGCCCCGGGCGCUGUGGUACCCGGUGUACAUGAUGCAGCUGUACCGGGCUCUGGUCACCGGGAAUCCCCUGGGGCAGCCCACCAGGGAGACAUCAGCGCUGCAGGAAUCGGACACGGUCCUAAGCCUCCGGGCUAGAAGUUCUCUGCAGGCCGGGGAUCGCUGGUCUCUCUCGUUCGACAUGAGCGCCGUCUCCAGCGGCCACGAGGUGAAGCUGGCCGAGCUGCGGCUCCGCCUGCCGCCUGCCUCCCAGCCCCGCAACGUGACGGUGGACGUCUACCACAGCCAGGCGCGCCCGGGCAGCCCGGCCUGCGUGGACAGGCUCCUCCUGGGCACCUUCACCAGCAGCGCCGCGCUCGGCCACUCCUCCUGGCGCGUCUUCAACGUCACCAGCUCGCUCCGGUCCUGGCUCCGCCACGGCAGGCAAGCAGACGCGCAGCGCUCCCAGGGGCGGGAGAGGACCGGGUCAGCCCGCAACGCCACCGGGCGGAUAGGCGGGCAGCCUUCCAGCGACUCCGGCCAGGCAGAGCCCGCCGGGUCCCACGGCACGACGGACAAGGCCCUGCUGGUCGUCUUCUCCAAAGACAAGCCUUCAGCCGAGCCCUCCCGGGCUUCUUCCCUCAUCAGAACCGCAGAGGCCUCCAAGCACGUCAUGGUGGACUCCACCUCCAAAGAGCCGGGGAACCGCCGGCACCGCCGGAACAAGCAGGAGAGGCAAAGGAUUAAAAUGGCCGAUGUCUCCGGCCCAGGCCUGGGGGAGGGAGGCAGGCCCCUGUGCAAGAGGGUGGAUAUGAUCGUGAACUUUGAGCAGACCGGCUGGGGCAGCUGGAUCGUCUACCCCAAGAAGUACAACGCCUACCGGUGUGAGGGAGAGUGCCCAGCGCCCGUGGAUGAGAGCUUCAAGCCAACUAACCAUGCCUACAUACAGAGCUUGCUGAAGCUGUACCAGCCCAACCGGGUCCCCUGCCCGGCCUGCGCGCCCGUCAAGAUGAGCCCCCUCUCCAUGCUGUACUACGAGAAAGGGGAAGUCGUCCUCCGCCACCACGAAGACAUGAUCAUCGAGGAAUGCGGCUGCAACUGAAGCAAGCUCUUCUCUGAGUGACUGAGAACCUGCAGCUCGGGUCAGUGAUGAGCAGGGCCAGGCUACCACCACGAGACUCAGGCUCAUCCCGCUCUGGGGUUGGCAGGGAGCAGGCCCCGGGCAGCCAGGAACCACCCCCCAAGCAUGUGAAGCCAAAUGUUUUAAUAGGACAAAGGGUCAGGUCAUUGCCCACCCACAGCUCAAGGCACUGCGGGAAUCAAGCUGCCCCCAGGGGUGCUGUCCUCCUGGGAUCCCAACAGGCCUCACCAGAGAAGUCUGGGCAGAAGACUGAGGAGGAUAAAGGCAGGGUUGUGGAUGCACAACACCCCCCUAGCCGGGAGGAUCUGGGAAGGCAAACUCUGCCAGGGAAGUUGUAUGGAAGUUUCCUUCCCCCAGCACCGCCUGCUGCAACUUUGUCUGCUCUGGGUCAAUGCGGGCCAGCCAAAUGCACUCUCAGGUGGAAAUAGCUCUUCAGGAGGCCCUGUGGACGGUGUAAAUAAAUAGAUCUAUAUUUCCUGCAUGGAGGCCAAGAGAUUUUUAUUGCUACUUUCAUAGUAGUGCGGACGGAGUUGGUUCUGCGCACGUUCCCCGGGGCCCCGUGUAAGUAACACAGAGGGGGAGGAGUGAGCUCUUGGAGGGGAGGCAGAACUGCUGGUUAGAGCCAGGGGGAAGUUUUGGCACAAAACAUCUUUCCAGCAAAACAAAACACAACACGAAAUAGUGCAGCAGGCUCGUUACUUUUCUGGGGGCGAAUGUUCCUUCAUCGGCCUGCCCUAGUAUUUUAAAGCCCCAAGCCAAUCGGCGUUCUCUGCGCUGGGGGUGUGAAGGCACGCUUCCCUUUCUGGCUGGUAUCUGUAGGCGCUGCACUGGGAACAGGGGCUGGUCUCACCUGCAGAACUGUCAACGUCAAGAGUCCCUUGCAAAAACUUCAGGAGCCACGUUUUUUCCUCAGUUACAGACCCGCACAUCCCAGCAGGCAGCCAGCAGACCUGGGCCUUCGAGUGGAGAGAACCACUGAGAACACUGCUAGUUCAGUCUCCUUUCAGGACUCAAGUAUCAGAGGGGUAGCCGUGUUAGUCUGAAUC